GUAACAAACCCUUUUUCAGCUGGAGAAAAAAAAGGGUUUUGUUUUGGGUAGUCUAUUUCAUUCAUAGUUCUAUAAAAGUUAACUAAUUUAAUUCAACCCACCUUAUUCUCGCUGAGAAGGCAGAAAUCUUCUCAGCCACCUUAUCACCAUAUCUCUUUCAAUUCUCUCCCCUUCAAAAACACAAAAAAAAGUUCUUCUUUUUCUCCUUGAAUUCCAUUUUUUGUGUUUUUUUUAUUAAUUUUCUUCAAUUACUUUAGAAAUUUUGUACUGGGAUUCUUUGAUUCCCUCUUUUUUAUAUAUUCUCUGGCUGAAAGAUACAAUUUUUAUCAGUCAUACUCUAAAUUUUCGUUUUUUUAUUAUAAAUUGUGUUGCUCAAAGAUUCAAUUUUUAUCAGUCAUACCCUAAAAUUUCUUUCAAUUUUCAAGUGAAAUUUAGAGAUAAGGGGUAGGGAGAGAGAUGGAGGCUGUUUUACAAACAAGGGGCCUUCUUUCUCUACCUACAAACCCCAAAUUAAGGGUGUUAAAAUCAGCACAAAGUAGUCUUAGGCAAAGAAUUAGUACACCCAAAACCCUAAAACCUAACCCACUUCAAGGGUUUUCAAUUUCAUCAAAUGGGUACCAAAAAUUUCAUGGGGUUGUGUCAAAUUCAAAAGGGUUUGUGCAAAAUUUGAGAAAUUUCCCAAUUUGUAGGGCUGAAGCUGCAGCUGCUGGUGCAGCAGCAGAUGGGCAGCCUUCUUUUGGUGAAAUUGAACCAAAAAAGUUUUUUGGGAUUGAAUUAAUCACUUAUAAGAAAAUUAUACCACUUGGGUUAAUGUUCUUUUGUAUCCUUUUUAAUUACACAAUUUUAAGGGAUACAAAAGAUGUGUUGGUUGUAACAGCAAAAGGGUCUAGUGCUGAGAUUAUUCCAUUUCUGAAAACUUGGGUGAAUUUACCUAUGGCUAUUGGUUUUAUGGUGUUGUACACAAAAUUGUCUGAUAUCUUGCCUAGGAAAACCCUGUUUUACUCUGUGAUGCUCCCCUUCAUUGCAUUCUUUGGGGCUUUUGGGUUUCUGUUGUACCCUUUGAGUCACUAUGUCCACCCCACUGCAUUUGCAGAUCAGCUUCUGGCCACACUCGGACCGCGGUUUCUUGGUCCUCUUGCAAUUCUGAGGAUAUGGAGUUUCUGUUUGUUUUAUGUCAUGGCUGAACUUUGGGGGAGUGUUGUGGUUUCUGUCCUCUUUUGGGGGUUUGCUAAUCAGAUUACUACAGUUGAGGAAGCUAAGAAAUUUUAUCCACUUUUUGGGCUAGGAGCUAAUGUUGCCCUCAUCUUCUCUGGACGAACAGUGAAAUAUUUCUCUCAACUCAGGCAAAACUUGGGACCUGGUGUAGAUGGUUGGGCAGUCUCUCUUAAGGGAAUGAUGAGCAUUGUGGUACUAAUGGGUCUUGCUAUAUGCGGUAUCUACUGGUGGGUGAAUGCAUUUGUACCACUUCCUACCCGCAGUGUCAAGAAAAAGGCAAAGGUCAAGAUGGGAACAAUGGAGAGCUUAAAAUUCUUGGUGUCCCAGAAGUAUAUUAGGGAUCUUGCUACCCUUGUCGUUGCUUAUGGUAUUAGUAUCAACCUUGUUGAGGUUACAUGGAAGUCAAAGCUCAAGGCUCAGUUUCCAAGUCCAAAUGAAUACUCUGCUUUCAUGGGAGAUUUCUCAACGGCAACCGGGGUAAUGACAUUCGGAAUGAUGCUUGCCAGUCAGUUCAUAUUCAACAAGUUUGGGUGGGGAGUCGCAGCUGCCAUUACACCUACAGUUCUUCUCCUUUCAGGAGUCGGUUUCUUCUCAUUGAUUUUGUUUGGUGAUCCACUCGGACCUUUACUUGGAACGUUUGGUUUGACUCCUCUUCUAGCAGCGGUUUAUGUUGGUGCCUUGCAAAAUAUUUUCAGCAAGAGUGCAAAAUACAGUUUGUUUGAUCCUUGCAAAGAAAUGGCUUACAUUCCGUUGGAUGAAGACACUAAGCUUAAGGGGAAGGCCGCUAUCGAUGUUGUUUGCAACCCACUUGGGAAAUCAGGAGGUGCUCUAAUCCAGCAGUUCAUGAUCUUAACCUUCGGAUCACUAGCCAAUUCAACCCCUUACCUUGGUGGAAUUCUGUUGGUGAUUGUGCUAGCAUGGCUAGGAGCAGCCAGGUCUUUGGACAAACAGUUCACAGCCUUACGCAGUGAAGAAGAACUUGAAAAAGAGAUGGAGAGAGCUGCUGUUAAGAUCCCGAUUGUGUCAGACAACAGCAGCGGAAACGGUUCCCUCACCUCUGGGUCCGAAUUGAACCCAACAAUGGGUGACUUCCCGAGCGGUUCAUCAUCCGAGAGGCUCAAGUCUCAGUAAACCUCAAAAUAACUUAUUAGCUUAAAAUAUUUCAUCAAACGCCGAUGAUACAGGAAAGAAGAAAGAAUUUAUUUGGUUUGUAGGAUUUGUUCUGGAAUGUGAGAAUAUGAAAUAAUCUUACCAGCUGGAAAUGCUGAGAUUGCUCAAAGAAAUGCCCUUGUUUGUUGUGCAUUAGGUAGUUAUUACUUAAUAGUUAGAUAGCUUAAUGACUAGAUGGUUAAAACAAGAUUGAAGUUCUUCUAUGCUGGCAUUUUGCCCCAGUGUAGUUCUUUUUGUUGUACUUCUAUUUGAUAAUUAUAUUUUGUUUUGCA